UCUUUGAUUAAAUUGACGAAACAUGAAGUAUUAUCGACAUCAAGGAGAAGCCAUUUAACAUAUAUGGACUGACGUCACUCGCGGCCUAAGAAGCCCGGUAAAGUCUGGCUGACAUUUGGAGCACUUGAUGUCAAUAGCGGUCCGAGAAAUUCUUUUGUAUGUGGUCAGUUUGAUAGUUUCAUUAUUGUUAUUCCUGGUGUGAACACCCUAGGCGUGUUGUAUUGGGUAAGCUGUUCACAACAACAUUCCCCGGAUGUUCCCGUCACAGCCCAAUGAAAUUCAUCAGUAGCGGAAUCUAUGAAUGAAUCGACAUCUGAUUUGACGCUGGAUGGUGAUCCAGUGUAGCAUCCCGAGUAUCGUGACAGUGAUGUAUUCCGUCAUAUACACUGGUAAUUGGAGUUAUAAGGAUUUGUUGGUUCCCAAAGAUUCUAGUACAAAUCAGGGAUUCUGUAGAAAUUCCAUGGAAAGAUCGAGGCUUCAUUUUCACCAGAAACAGUCUCUCAGGGAAUGGAUGGCAUGGAAACAACGUAGCAAGUCGACUGAAAAUAACGCGAACGACGCCAAAGGCACCCAGACGAACAAAAGAGAAGGGGAGGUAACCGAUGAGACAGACAGACCUCCGCCCCUCCCUCCUCGGCGACCGAGUAAGGAGGGGCAGCGAUGUAGUCAGCAGUCGUGUUCCCAUCCCAUGCGACCGCUUCGCUGUGACGGGUCUAGAGACCAUGUCGGACCCUCCCCCGGGGAGCAACUUGGACACAGCUGGCCAAGACAUGGUAGGGGACUUGCGGACUACAAAUCUAAGUAUUCUUCAGAGACAGAUAUCAUGUCGACACGUUCGCAGGCCAAGAAAAAGAGACACAAUUUCACUAAGAAAAAACACGACCCAUGUAUCAUCCUAUCGCGUUCAUCCAGUACUUCUUCAUCGUCUAACUGUUCUGGUGAUGAGCAUGCGCCGACUACCGGAAGUGAUAUCACCCCUAGUCCCGACAUCAACAUGAACCACUUCAACGCGCGUGAGUUUGAACUAAAUGGGAAUUAUGUGAAAAAAUCAAAAAGUUGUGAAACAAAACAUCAAAAUGUGGAAUAUAUACGCCAACUAAGCAAUGAGGAGGUGAGGCGUGGAAGGCUGGAGGUCCCGACCAUCCGACACUCUCAUAGUGACGUGUCGCUCCAAUCGCUUCGCUCCUGUCCCGAGAUGGGCAUGGGGGCGAGUUGUGAGUUCGACGUUUAUGGUGACAUACAGAGCACAUGUUACGGUAGGGAUUACAAUGUUCUCAUCAAACACAUGCAAAAGUCACCUUUCCGGAGAAAGGACGUGCCUCCAUCAAAACCCUUCUCCAGUUUUGACGUUAACGAGGUAGAAUCCGUUACUCGCCGUGAGCGAGCUUCCCGACGGAUGCCCCAGCGGCCUCAUUCCAUUGGAUACUUCGAGAACAAUAGGUAUAAUAAAGUGACUAAUGUUCGAAGACAACUGGCUAUGUGUGCUCGGAACUCUGACCAGAACCAGUGCCAUUCCUCCCCAGCCUCCCCCUUACAAAAGCGCAUGCCUCUGGUGUUACCGGACGAUCCAGGGUCCGUGUCAGACCUCGAGUACAUAAUGGAAAGUCCACAUGAGAUGCGUUCUUUUGACGUGUCAAGAGAGAACAGUCUAGUGUCCGAAGAAGAGGUUUCUAAACUUUGUGGAGACUUGAGAAGAUUGACGACAAACAACGAAAAUGAAAAUGGUUAUGUGAAAGUCUUAGCCUCGCCACGAGUUUCACCGGAUAUCUUCCAUUCUGUGCCGGGAGUGGUUGUCACGUCGGACUCGGACGAAACUUCCGAUUCCCAGAACGGAAAAGUUUACCAAUCUCACAAGGGGCAAAAUUUCCUGUCGGUUCCGAAGAAGAUUAGCCGGAGGAGAAGUUCUCUUAGCUUGACCAGCGGAUCUGAGGAGAGCGACUGUGAACCGUCACCUCCCUUGUCACGUCGGGGACGAAGAGCAGCAAUCGUGGACACGAAGAACUUUGGAGAUGUAUCACCUACUAAUCUGUCUCCAGAUGUAUCCCCCAGUAACUCGUGUGACGAGGGGGAGGGUGCCAGUAACAUAGCACAGCGGUUACGGCGGCGUCGGAGUUCCGUAGAGCUGGCGAUGAGUAUUUAUCCGGGAGAUCUUCUGGUACAAGAACACCACAAGAAACUACUCAAGCGGAACACAGUAGCCGAUUUCCACGCAUUACGUCACGGCUCAAGUUCCACGUCAACCAUCAAUGACGAUGUCAAGAAAGGACGGCAGUCGUUUUCAUUGUUGAAAUUGAUGAAAUCCAGGAGCAAGGAAGCCUUGUCCAAACUGGAGGACGUGCUGGCCGGGAUGAAACCUUCAGAGUUUAAGGAUAAUUACUUGGCUGUGUAUAAGAGUUUACAUUGGUCGGACCUUAUAGCCAGCUCGGACAAGCAGACAGAACAGAUGUGCCUGUCCGAAAUGGAGCGGAAGCGACGAGAGGCAGUGUGGGAACUGUUCAAAAGCGAAUGUGUGUUCCUUAUUGACCACCUAAUGGUGCUUAAACAUUGUUUUAUGGAACCCCUGAAGAAAGUACAGGUUGAGGGUCAUCUGAUGUACGCGGAACCACAGGACCUCUUCGGCAAUCUGGACGAAAUCUGUUAUGUUAGCUACACCUUUUGUAAGGACUUCAUUGCGGCGCUGCUGAAGGGCAUGAGCUCCACUGAGUUCGGGAGUACUCGGGUUCUCCUGAAAGCUUUUGAAAGGUUUUCUACGCAUUCCAAAGAUGGAGACAUAUACCACACCUAUUGCCUCAACUACACGAACGCCCUAACCUACCUUGAAAAGCUACGCCGCCAUGAUGAUUUUACGGAAUUUGAAAGGUGGUGUGAGCAAGACCCUCGAUGUAAGCGUCUCCAGUUGACAGACUUGUUAGUAGCUCCAAUGCAGCACUGUACAAAGCUUCCACUUCUUCUGGGUAAUAUCCGGAAAUACACGGAAUGUGACGAGGAGAUAUGUCAACUGACGGAUUCUAUCGAGAGAGUGGAAAUGUCGUUGCAGAAUAUGGAAGAAAAGAUAAAAUGGGUUAAGAACUACGAGCGGGUACAGGAAGUUCAAAGACAACUUGUCUGGCCGCCCGUCACCGAAUUGGAGCCAAGAGUUUUCAUUCCAGAGUACUUGAAGAACACAUUGCUGAAACAGCCAUGUGAACGGCUUCUGGCUUGUCCUCAGCGUCAGUUGUUACACGAGGGGCAGCUUACCCUUGUCGAAUCCACAAAAGCAACUGAGGUUUACCUAUUCUUGUUUGACGAUAUCCUGUUGAUAACGAGAGUCAAGAAAUCAGCGAGAAAGAAACAGUCCCAGCUGGAAGUUAGCGGUACACAAGCCUCGUGUGAUAAAGUUACCUACACUGUACACAAGCAGCCAGUCGCUUUGGACAGACUCAGUGUACACGAUAUAAGCCAAUCAGAGGCUGCAGCUAAUGGUGUCAAGUGUGCCUUUGUUAUCGUCCAAAUUAGUCGAUUCCAGCAGAUAAUUGGAGUUUACACCCUGCAAUCGCCUACAGAUGCAGCAAAGAACGCCUGGUUAGAAAAACUUGGCGAAGCGAGAGAGAAAUUCACCAAUAAAGACGACUCUAACCAAGACUUAAAUACUGCAACUAUGGACGGCAGGGAAAAUAGACAAACGCGUAUGUCAGACAUUUCGUUCUCCCCACCGCGAAGGCAGCGAAAAAACGGAACUCUGAAAACAUCUCAUACCAAAGCUUUAUCUGUAGAUUCCGUUUACAUAUAGGGCAAUGACCUUUGGCAAACUGAUACGUGAUAUAACCUACCCACUAUGAAAACAAGUUGCUGAAACAUCACAAUGCCGUGAACGUAUUGAUCAUGCUAGAGCUGCUGUCAGCCGACUUUAGCAUUUGAGUUAAAAUCUACAAACCUACAUGAAUGUAUUAUGUUCUCCAGGACGUCAGGAAUUGGAUUUCACUUAUUUUACCAAUUAUUCUCAUUGUUAUUGAACUUAAGUGCCUGUCACUGACGUACUCUCGUACAUGUAUGCGAAACUUAAGUGCUAUAUUGUACAUACAAAUAUAAUGCUGUAUCUAAGAAAUUCGAACUACAUAACGAACUGCACAAAAUUUUACAUUACAAAGGUGACGAACCCGAAUUCAAAACCAUAAAGUGUAAAUGAUAUUGACCGAAACAAAAUGUUUUAUUACGUCUUUUGUAACUUUAAAUCAGGUAAAGGAUUGGAAAGUUUCCAUUGUAUAACCAGUUAUUGCAGGAAAGAGUGGUCCCUUGUCGCAACUUCUGUGUAUGACCGCCGAAUGUACGGGUAUGACAUUAUGUGAACUCACCGCCAUUACAGAUAUUGAAUGGUAUACAUAAUAAUACGUAAGAAUGCUCAAAAUCAAAAUGUUAUCUUUUAUGAAGAAAUGGCUUUUUAAGGAAUAUACAUAUGGAUAUGUAUUCGUGGUUGUGUACAGACUAUCUAUUGUUCAUAUUUCUUUGUGAAAUCCACAUGUUAUUACAUGAUGCUUAACUUCUAGUAUACAAAGCAAACUUAGCGACAUUGAGCUAGAUUAAGUCCAGAAUCCGAAAAUUCCAUUCUGUCGUUGGUCUGGUGCUAUUCAGAACCGGUUGAAGUGUUUUUAUAACUAGGAUUGGAGAAAGCAUUAUUUCAUUUAAAUUAAUGUGAUGUUCCUAUAGCAAAUUAAGCAUUAUAACAGUGAAAACAAACUAAUGUCUGCUCUCUUAAUCUUAGAAUCAAUACAAAUCAAUUAUCAAUUAUAUUGUAUUUCUGAUAUUUAUUUUGCCAUUUCAUGUUACAUCUCUCAUAGGAACUUGUGUGUAUUGAUACAAAAUGGCAGAUUACUCAUGAGAUAUGUUCUUCAUAUUGUUGCUGAGGGUGAUAUGUUGUGAGGGACUCCUCUCGGUGUUUGAGUGGGAGUAGCAGCCGUGAUGAACUCAUAAUAAUCAUGUUGUUAAUGAGAUAUAUGGUCACCCUAAUUAGGUGUUACUGCGUAGCUAUCUGUCCUGACUCAUAUAAACAUUUUCACUAAUAUUUUUCUAUGUUUAACCUGUAACGUGUUAUGGUAUUGGAAUUUCAUUAGUUUGACCGAUAAGUUUUAUAUCCACAUUGGAUAACAACACGUUAGAUUCCUGCAGUGUUUGACGACCCUUCUGAAGUCCCCAUUUUUUAUGACGCUUCAGAAGUCCGCAUUUGUUUGAUGACGCUUCAGAAGUCCACAUUGUUUGCUGACGCUACAGAAGUCCAUAUAUUGUUGAUGACGCUACAGAAGUCCACAAUGUUUGAUGACGCUUCAGAAGUCCACAUUAUUUGAUGACGUUUCAGAAGUCCACAUUAUUUGAUGACGCUUCAGAACUCCGCUUGUUUGAUGACGCUACAGAAGUCCAUAUAUUGUUGAUGACGCUAAAGAAGUUCACAAUGUUUGAUGACGCUUCAGAAGUCCACAAUCUUUAACGGCGCUUCAGUGUCUGUACUGUAUAAGGGAAAUAUUCAUGUAUGCUUUCUAUUGUUUAAGAAAAACGCACAGAUAUGUAUUUUUGACGAAACUUCGGAAAUGUCGCAAUGCUUAAGACAGUUCGGUAUUCCACAUUGAUUAAUGACACUUAGAAAGUUUAUGAUGUUGUUUAAAGACAACAUUUUAAUUUCUUUAAUCAUUAAUGAAAGACACUCCCAAAGUACGUUUUAUUGAAAGAGUGUUAUGUAGAACGCAUAUUAUAAAAAUUCCAGUUACAAAACAUUAUUUAUGUCUCAUUUUCGUUGAAAGGCUCGUUUGUUAUCGACACUUUUUUCUGAACGACUCUUCUAAAGUUCGUUGUAUUGAAAGGCACUUCUUAAGUGCAUGUAUUGUUUUGUAGUUAAUAAGUUUAUCAAAUUCGUUAUGUUCAUUUUGUUAACAUGCAUUGGAGUCUAGAACCGAUGUAUAUACAUAAUAUAUUCUAAUUGUAUUGCAUAAUGUCUGAUGUACUGAUUCGGCAAUGCCAUUGUUUAUGUUCCUUCAAAUUGUACUUACAUAUUAUUUACAUAUCCGUCUUGUGAUAAAAUAUUGAGUAAACAUACUUGAUCAGUUAAGGUUGUGGACAUAUACUUUGUCGGUACAAGGUUGUGAACACGAACUCAAGAACAAGGAUGUAGAGACCUGAUCGGUCAGUACAAUUUUGAUGUAGUAGAUAUGAUUUGUAUUCUAUUUCCGGUUUUGUACGUCAUACUUCCUUUGUAUUCUAUAUUGAUGACAUACUGUUGAAUGUGUUUGUAUGAUAUUGUAUUUCCAGAAUGUUGUUACGAUGGUCUAUAUGAUAUCACAAUGGUGCAGGACCACCCUAAACUAAUACAUCACGUGCCUACUAGUGAACACCCCUAAUAGGUACAGGCGAUUUAUAUUCAAUAAACAUUUGAGAAAUA